UUACAGCGUUACAAUGACAAGGCCAGCAAGCUGAUCCCUCCACGUCCGCAGCUCACCUGGUCGGAGGUGAUUGACAUGGUCAAUCUCGCCGACUUUGAUCUUCUUCGAGAGACCCGGGACGACAUUCGCAAACAACCCUGGGCUCAGUACUCCAACCGGCGUGCGAUGAACCUGCACUACAACAUCAAGCGCGCCCAUGAGGAAAUCGAGCGACUUAAUGUCGAGAUCCGCCGGCUGCUCACAUUCAUGUAUGAUGAGCACGUCGAAUACCACAACGCGGUACAGAAAGCGUCCGAGAGUACGCCAAACCUCGUACACGAGCUCAAAGAACGAUGGCGUUACCGCAAUGCGAUCCAUGCGAGGAUUGCUGCACACCUUGAACAGACCUCUCGAUUGCCAGGCUUCACCGGUGCCCUCACCUCU